AAAUAUCCGAAACCUUUUCUUUUACUUUACAAGUCUUGCACUGAUUAUUGAUUAUUCAUCCAAAUUCAUUCCUAUUCAUUCAUAUUCAUUCAUAUCCAUCCGUUGAUUGAUUCACUCUAGGUAAUCCCACUCAUCCAUUCAUCCAUUCAUCCACUCGUUCAUUCAUUCAUUCAUUCUCAACAUCAACAUCAACAUCAACAUCAACCUCUUAAUCAAUGAGCGAUUCAUACACUUUCAUUAACAAGUUCGCCUUGAUUCCCAUUGAAGGGUAGAUCAUAGACUAAUAAACGCUAUACUAUCUCUCGAUCUUGACUAUACCAUCCUAUCAUUAUUUUACUUUCUCAAAGCGCCUUUUCCCUCAAAAUACAAUCCAAGAUAGUUAUCGGUGCUGCUACCAAAAUACACCUGAUACCUACUUGAUACUUGAUAUUUGACAUUUGAUACUUGAUACUUGACACUUCCCACGUCCUACUUCGCAACUCAAACUUCAAUUCACAGCUUCAUAAAUUCACAACUCCACCCACUAAUUAAUUAACUCAGCGCUGGUUGAUCCCUAUUAAAUCCACUUUUUACGCAUAAUUCCUUCUAUUCGUGUCAUUCUCUCAGACUCUUACUCUUACUUUUACCCUUGCCCUUACUCUUACUCUUACUCUCACCCUCACCCUCCUCCCUCAUUCUCAUACCUCGCUCGUUACCUGGGAUCAAAUCCGGAAUUUGAAACAUUGGAGACACAAAGUCAAUUAGGAGUACAAGAUAUUGGAACAUUUGGAACAACACUGGGGAAAUUGUACUUCGAUUUGGAAAUUGGUAAAAGAUAGAUCCUGAGUACACCAAUACUGCCAGUGUACCUACCUACCUACCCUAAUACCUCGAGACUCGAACUUCGCCGAAUGCCCGCUCCAACCAUUCCUACUUACUCUUCCACAACAUAAUUGUACCACUCAGCGAAACCAGCCUCUUUCUUCCAUAGAAAGAAAGAAAGAAAGAAAGAAAGAAAAGUAACCUCGGACAGAAAGAAUCUCGGAUUUGAUGUUGACGGAAUCAAUUACUACAGGGUCCCUCCAGAUAAGAUCCGGGUCAUAGACCUGGAGAGAGGUGGAAUUGAUUUGCUGCUUGGUUUACAUGCGGAGGGCUUAAAAGUUUAGAUGGAAUAUCUUCCAUAAAAAGCCUUUUACUUGUUUGGCCAUGACAAUGAAUAUGGGAAAUGGUUAUUAUGGCGUUGAAACGUCUGCUCCCAUUUCCAACAACAUGGGUAACAGGAGUCCGCAUAUGCAGAUCAGACAGCAGCGAAGUCAGAAGUUCAACCUAUAUCCAACAAGGCCCCGGACUUCUUCUAAGGCUUCCGAGCUAUCUGUGAAUACUGCUAGGUCUGGAAACGGUACAUAUCCAUUCCCGCCCAAAUCACCAACACCAUCCGUUCGCGAACAUUAUUUGCCGGUUCAUCCCCUCGCUCAGAAUCCUCCUAUUCCAUAUCAAAGACCCUCUACAUCGCAUCAUACAGUAUCCAACGAACCCUCCCGAUCCUUCACUGCCCCGACACAACACAAUCUUCGACGGAAACCUUCAGAGGCUUCACGGCUGAGACAGCUUAGUAAUGUGCGAUCGCAUUCUUCCACUGGCAGACGAACGCCUGACAAGUUGGUGGACAAUUUCUCGAGGCCCCGACAAGCAAGUCUGCGGAGGCGGAACGAAUCACCCAGUCCUUUGAUACAUGCCUCACAGUUUGGGGCAGAACCACAAGAUGAACAAACAUUUAACAAUGGAUCAAUCUUCAGUACAAGAGAUCGUGGUCUUUCAUCAGCCUCCUCACAAUCGGGUCAACAAUUCCCUACACCUGCACCAACACCUACGCUCCGCCCAUCUGCAUCGAUUCCGGAUUACCACACUGGGGAUUUAAACAAUGCGAGACAGCGCAAUAUACCACAAUCAAAUUUCAGGCCCAGGACAGGAAUAAAUAGACCCGAUAGCAAUAACUCUUCCAUAUAUCGGCGUGAACCCCCCAUUCGCCCACCAAAUUUUGACGACGAGGAAGUCAGAGCAAGUUUCAGAUCUGCUCUAACUACGAACUCGAGCUAUUUCGGAACAAGUGGAACAGAAAGGAGCAGCGUGUUGACGAAAAGCAGUUCACAUACUUCUUUCUUUGGGGGGAAAGACGAAGGAAUGAGUGUGGAUGAUGCAAUUGGCAUGUACGAAGGUGGAUUUAUGGAUUCAGGAGUUGAAGAUAAUGACUUAGAGGACAAGCUCUAUGAAGCUGGGGCGGACAUCAGGCCUAGGUCUGUAUACCGAGGGGAGGCGUUUGACGAGGAUGACGAGUUUCGACCAAUGACACCGAGCUCGGAAAGGAGACAAUCGAAGAUUGACGAGGCAAUGGAUGACUCUCUUGCGCCACCUCCUGCUCUGGAAUCAUCGCAAUUUUCGAUUCGGGGUUCUACUGAAAUGUUUCAUGUCAAAGCAUUUGAAGCAGAAAGUGUAGCAGGCAUUCCAAAUUAUGCCUCGGAGGAUUUUCCAGAAUCGAAAGAGUUUGAUGGUGCGGUCGCAUCUCAUGAAGGUGAAGAUGAGUUACCCGAGCAGCAUUCAGUGGCGCCGCCACCACCACCAUCGGUCAAUCCGUCAGAUCCAGCUAGAGAUCGGUAUGGGUUCAAGAAAAAGACUCAAUACGUGUCGUUGGAGGAAUAUGAGGCUUGGAGUGGCCCUUAUAAUGAAUACGUUGAGCGAAGGCAAAAGAAGUGGGUGGCCUUGCUGAAAGAUCAUAGUUUGAUCACUGACAAGCCAAUUCGAUUUCCACCAAAAUCAAAUAAAGUCAAACGUUUCGUCCGCAAAGGAAUACCGCCUGAUUGGCGGGGAGAAGCAUGGUUUUGGUACGCGGGUGGUCCGGCUAUGGUGAGCAAACACUAUGGUGUGUAUGACAGCCUCGUGAAGCAAGCCGCUGCAGGCGGGGUUAAUGAGACGGACGACGAAAUUAUUGAGCGGGAUCUCAAUCGCACGUUCCCGGAUAAUAUCAAAUUUAAACCGGAUCCUCCUCCUGCCUCCGAGAAACGAAACAGCCAACCCAGCAUAAAGGAACCGGAGACCCCGAUGUUGAAGUCGUUGCGGAGAGUAUUGCAAGCUUUUAGUAUUUAUAAUCCAAGGAUAGGGUAUUGUCAGAGUUUGAACUUUUUGGCGGGCUUGUUGUUGCUGUUUAUGGAUGAGGAGAAGAGUUUUUGGAUGUUGAAUAUCAUCACGAGGGUUUAUUUGCCAGGAACCCACGAGGUCAAUCUGGAAGGCGCAAAUGUGGAUUUAGGAGUACUAAUGACUAGCAUUAAGGAAUCGAUGCCUGCAAUAUGGGCUAAGAUCGGAGGAGAACUCGACGGCACAGCUGGAGACGGGAGGCUUUCCAUGCGUCUUCCCCCAAUCACGUUGUGUACCACAGCUUGGUUCAUGUCAUGCUUUAUUGGCACCCUUCCAAUCGAGACUACACUGCGUGUCUGGGACAGCUUUUUCUUCGAAGGAUCAAAGACUCUUUUCCGCAUCGCUCUAGCGAUCUUCAAAGUAGGGGAACAGGAAAUCAGGGCGGUUUCAGACCCCAUGGAAAUCUUCCAAGUUGUGCAAACCAUUCCUCGAAGACUCGUCGAUGCCAAUGGUCUUAUGGAUGCGUGCUUCCGGCGCAGAAAUGGGUUCGGGCAUAUUAGCCAGGAAACUAUCGAGCAACGGAGAGCAGAGCGCAGGAAAGGCUAUGCGGAAGAAAGAGCCAUUGCGAAUGGGGAGACCCCGCCCAAGAGAGGGGGAACAUUCUUUUCAAAGAAGAAAAUCAGGAGUGCAGAGACUUAAAAAAAGACGUCAUUUACCGGCGUGUGACCUAGGGAGUAAUUGGGGAUGUAUACCUAGCAUAUGGUGUUUGGGAUUGUGAGUUUGUCUGGCGGCAACGGUGUGAAUGGCGUUAUUUUCAUUUGUGUGGGAAAAAGAGAAUUUGGAAUUUGGACCCUUCUUUGCUAAGUUUGCUUUUUUAUCACGAUGAUCAUGAGGCAGCAUUUAUAUGGGGGCAUAUACAAAUAAGGAGGGACUUUAGAGAGAUUUUCUUGCGUUCGUACUGUAUAUUAAAUUUGAACUUCUUAACGGGAAAGCAGGGGUUGGUUGGACUGGGCUGUGUUGCACAAUGGACGGAAGAUUUGAACAUAGGAAUAAGAUUAGGACUAGUGUAGGCAAAAUAAAAUAAGUGUUGAUCGGAGGUCUCUUUUGGG